UCGAGUCUCGAGUGGCAUUGUCGGUCAGUCACAGUAACCCUUGCGUAGUAAAAUAUUGUUUUAAUUUGUAUUGUUAUAGCUUUAGCAGUCGGUGCUGCUAAGUGCUAAGCUAAAUCUUAGUUUUAAACAGUUAAACGCAGUGUAUAUAAAAUCGUUUUAUUGAAAUCGUUGGUUUUAACCAGGAGUUUUAUAGCAAUUCAAGAUGGAGGCUCUCUCAAACGUGCUACAGCCGUACAAGGAGAUCGUCGGCACGAUUGCGGCCGUGGUCACCAUGGGACAAAUGUUUUCUGGCUCAUUCUUGUGCUGGGACAUCUACAAGCAGGGGGACACUAAGGGCGUGCCGCUUAUGCCCUUCUCCGGCGGUCUAGUCAUGGGAGUACUGAACCUGCAGUAUGGGUUCAUUCUACGCGAUGAUACGAUGAUCCGAGUCAACUUCUUCGGUAUAGCGCUGAGCAUCGUCUACUUGUCUAUCUACUUCUGCUACACGAAAGAAAAGGUUAAAGCGUGGUUCGAGCUCGGUCUAUGGGGCGCGUUCACCGCUGGAGUGAUCAGCUACGCUCAAAUGGCUGAUCCCGCCGUCGUCGAGAACCGCCUCGGGACAAUCCUGACUGCUUUCAUGUUCUACCUGAUUGCGUCCCCGCUUUUCGGGCUGAAAGACAUCAUCGCCAGGCAGAGUACUGAGGGUUUACCUUUCCCUAUGAUCUUCUCUGGAGCCGUGGUCACGUUCAUGUGGUUGCUAUACGGCAUCAUUCUGAAGAAUAACUUCCUCGUUCUCCAAAACUCAGUCGCGUUCGUGCUGUGCUCGGCGCAGCUAUCGCUCUUCGUGAUCUACCCGACGAAGCCCAAAGCGGCCGCUAAGGCCAAGGCGAAGAAAGCCGACUAAAACUAGUCAAUUGUAUUAGGUUUGUAUUAUGUUAAGCAAAUAUACACCUUAUUUCUAUAGUUUCUUGGUUUAAAGUGCAACGCUGUGAGCUUAGGGAAACAUAAAAUUACUAAAGAAACUAAAAUAGAUCAAGCAAAAGUAUACCUUAUUUUAAUAGCGUCUUAGUUGAAAAUGAAACAAACGGUGUUAUAUUUCCAACUAUAUAGAACAUGCCAAGCAAAAAUAUACCUUACUUAUAUAGCCUAUAAGUUGAAAGUGCAUCAAUCGGUGUGAAAUAACGCUAACAUGUUAAGUAAAAAUACACCUUACGUCCAUAGAUUCUUAGUUAAAAAUGCAACAAUCGGUUUGAAUGUUGAUUAAGGAAACUAAAUGCCGCAGGCAUGGCUUUUAUGUAUGCUAAAUACAAAAGACAUGUGGAAUUGUAAUUAGCAUUGUAAAGUCAUAGUAAUAGGGGAUAUUACUGCAAUGUUCUGCCACCAGAGUGCAGGACUAGCCUUUUUACUAAACCAUAGAGUAACUUAUACAUACCUUUAACAGGUUUUUGACAAGUUUUUAGAGAUAAUAAAAUAUGACAUUGAUGCAUCAAGGCGGUUUGCUUACAGAGGACCUACCGGGAAACGCGAAUCCGAAAAUUCGCGAUCUAUCUGCCUCUUUAUCGCUCGAAUAUGCAAGAGUGACAGAGAUGCUAACAUUUCUUUAUCUAAAUAAAGAAAUUUUCUUGUUUCACGAUAGACUCUCAGAUUGUGGUGUGGCGCCCUGGCGCCCCCUACGCAGAGUUUCGCGUAAUAUUCCCUAUUAGAGAGUAAGCUUAUCUAAUUUUAGCAUGCUAAACUGGCCAUGUCUAUUGUUAAAGCCUUAAGUAGAUUUGUAAGUGUAUAACUAUUAGUUAGGCAGCAUUUUUAAUGUAUUUUAAAUGAUCGAGUUUUAUAAGAAUAUUUCAUGCAAUAAUGCAUUGAAGUUUUAAAUUAAAACAAAUGGUUUUUAACAAAUCUAGGGAGUUUAUAAAUAGUGUUGGUAGAAAUCUACAUUAUCUACGCCUAUAAUUAUAGGUAACCCGCAUAUAAAGUUAUUUCCAUAGGUGUUUCCCAGUUUCUUAUUUUUUUAACCACAAUCUAUUUUUGUAAUUAACAUUAUUACAAAGAAGUUGUAUUUAAAUUGUAAUGCCUAUUUUUUCCUCCCAUUGAGAAUUUCGUGUCCACCGCCAUUUCUCGAGAUAUUUCUACAAUCAGCAAACCACGGGUUUCGCUGCUUUAUUUUUUGUACUAAUAUAUAAAUAACUCGUUUGACCAAUCGUAGACUACUUAUUGUCGGUUGUCAAUAAGGCGCUAUUUUCAUAUAGCUUCAAUUUGUAAUCAACCUUAUCGACAACCGACAAUGUGGUAACUUUUCGUUGAAAACGUCACAAAUGUUUCGAUGUACAGAACAGAUUAUUACCAUGUUGAAAUAUUGUUUGAAUUGUUCCUUAUAUUAAGUAUUGUUGUAAAGAUUCCUCUAUGAGAGUAUAUUUUCAGAUAACAUUAGCUUAGCUGGUAUGGUUGUGAAUGAGAUAUCUAACAGAAUAGAUAUAAUAAUAAAAAGGCUUCUUUGAGGUGGCUAAAUUUAGCUUGCUAAAUGAAAAAGACACAAUGAUAAAUUUAGCCACGUUUAAAGCUGAGCGUUUAUUUUGUAAGUAGCUUGUAAGCAGACAUUCCGUUAUGUAUUUUGUAAGAACAAAUCAGAUUUGUUUAAUAAUUUAGACGCAUUUGACUAAGCACAUUGUUAGUUUUAGCGUUGAAUUAAAAUUUAAAUAACAUGAUUUAUUAAACUAUAAACUUUUCUAAACCUUUUUUAAAUCCCGUUUGUAAUCUGUGAUUUUUUUCCUUAAUAUCGUAAAAAAUUGAAUUGAAUUGAAUUGUGAAAAAUUAUAGAAAUUUUUGUGUUAUACUUGUUGAUUAAAUCAA